UUAAGGAUGUGAGUGACAACAAUCAAUUGAAAGGAGAAAUUGUUGGCAUUUCAACUGACAGGAACAUAUGCAAUGAAACAAUUAAAAGAUUCCUGAGAGAGAAGAUGUUUGAAGAUCAGAUAGAAAUUGCUUGGAAAUGCAUUCGGCCUCCUGAAUUCAUUCAUGUUGCUGAAUCAGGUAAAAACAUUGCACGCUGUGUAGUUGAAAUUGACGUCAUACCUCACGCUGCUCUUUUGGAAGAUGACGCCAUUUUCGUUAAAACAAAUGUAGCAGGAACCAUCAAACCUAUCCUGUAUCGCUUCAAAGAGGGCAGUGUCAUACCAGAGAAACAAAACGAAGAACAACAACGUCAAUACAUGCGUAUCAAAAGAAAGCUUCAUGACCACCGCAAAAAACAAGAAGAUAAACCCAAGCAUCAAAAGGCUCAACAAAAUUUGAGGCAAAUGUUUUUGAACAUCUUUUCAUGUGGGGAAUCAAAACUUAGAGCAGAAACGUACCCAGUUAUCUUUAUUGGUGAAUGUGACGAGAACGCGAAGAAGGAAAUAACCGAAAACUGCUUCGAAUUUGUACAACUUUUACAACCUUAUGCAGUGUUUGAUUUCAAUUCUUCAACCAAACCAGGAUCCUUACACCACUAUAUGGAGGAAACAAAAGAACAGGCGUUGAAAAUAGUGACAACAGAUAAUUUUGAUAAGGAAAGUGAAGAAAAUAAAAAAGAUGUUGAAAAACAUGGUCGCCUGAUGGAUGAUCUACGGAAUUCUUAUAUGCAGACAUGGGUAUUUGCAAAUGGAUAUGACCGAAUGAGACGGGAUCAUAUGGGUCCUUUAGAUUGGAAACAGAAAAGAAGCCAGGGCUUCAAGGAAGCAUUACGAUAUUGUUACAUCGACAUUCCCACUGGACGAGCUAUAGCCUUUUUUCUGCUGCUUUCCAAAAACUAUGAUGUCAUGCUUGAGGCUGCCGAAGAUGUCCUCUCAAAAUUCCAUGGACAAUGGAUUUUGUUUGCACCUUCUGAGGAUAUUGCAAACAACUGGGUAUCCGAACUGAUUCGCAGAAAUAGCGUUGACGAAAAUAUAAUCAACGAGAGAUGCAUCAUAGGAAUGCCAUGGAAACAAGUAAAUGAGAUGAUUCAACAAGUUGUUGGACCACUCCAAGAUUCCGCCUGUCAAAUACCACUUGGAAAUGGAGGAUAUUGCUCGCUGAGAAAUAGAGUAAGGAAUGAACUUUGUGACUUGGAUAUCUUAAGUCAUCAAGAAUGCGACAACAGUGACAUAUUGAAGGACAAAAUUCUGACAGAGAAGCACUACAGAGAAGUACAGGAGAAGUUCUAUCAUGGUGAUGAUCCAAGCUGGUGGAACUACUGGUAUAAAGAGGAUCACGUUUGUCGGAGAUCGCAACAUGACAGUUUGAUGAAAUGUGUCAGAAAUGCGCUACAAGGACAAAAGAGUGACGAAGACAAAGUUCCUGUGGUUACACUGAUACACCAACCCGGAUCUGGAGGCACAACGACAGCUCGACAGAUUUUGUGGGACUUACGAAGAGAAUAUCGGUGCUGCGUCGCAAGAAUAAUCACAGAUCAAACAUGCGACCAAAUAGUAGAGCUACGGAAUUACGAAGAGUCUGGUUCUCCUCGUCCUCCAUUGGUCCUACUCGACAAUUGUGACGAAGAGAUCUUGGUUAAUUUGCAGUCAUAUCUGCAACGAAGGGCAAGAGAAGCAUCGAUACGAUCUGAUGAACCAAUUGACACAUUCUGUGUCCUUUUAGUUUGUUCACGCAGAACACGUCUCCCUCGAAACUACAUUAAAGAACAAACCGUUCUGAUUCGACAGGAAUUGGAUACACAGGAGCUUGACUGGUUCAAGAAGAAGGCCGGUGUUUUGAAAAACCGAUUUGAGAAAGACGAAGGCAUUGACCCGAAGCUGCUCAUAUCUUUCAAUAUUCUCAAAGAAAAUUUCAACUUUUCCUACAUCCAAAGUACUGUAAAGCAGUUCGUUGAUGGUAUUGAUUCAAAAGAAGAAAAAGAUCUACUGCUUUAUCUGUCACUGAUAAACACCUUCGAUAUAGACUUUCAACCGCUUCCAAUCAGUGCAUUCGAUGCUCUCAUGGAGGUUAAAGGGGGUAAAAGCAAAGUCCUGAGUUAUGGAUUAGCACUACAACACCGUUUCCAGGAAAGUGAGAGACAAUGGCAGACACAACUCAGCAAUGAACUAAUGGUUCUCUUGAACAUAUCUGCAAGGAGCGGUCAAGGUAGCAACCUGAAGGCUUUGUCCAUAGUAAGCCCAUUAUUUGCCAGCGAGAUAUUUAAAUAUCUACAGGAAAACUCGCAUAGAAGUAUUAGCUCAACACUCUUGCAGUUUUUGGAGUCACGAGUCUUCAAUCGCCAGAACAGAUCAGUUGAUCAAGUUAUCCGCAUUGUCAACGAUUUACUGAUGAAACGAGAGGUGUUAGAAAACGGAAAAAAGGAGAAGUUUUCGCGACUAAUCACUGAAGUACUCCAAAAAGAAGAUUCAGAAAAGGCUGUUCAAACUUUGCAGAAAGGCUUUACCAUAACAGAUGACCCUAGAAUCAUUCAACAUAUUGCAAGGCUUUACAUUCAUUGUAAAAACUGGGAAAAAGCUACAGAAUUUGCCAUCAAGGCAACACAAAUCAAACCCAACAAUUCCUAUUUUUGGGAUACAUAUGGUCAAAUUUUCAAAACCCAACUGUUUGAAAAAUACAAAACAUGUAUGCUAGCUGAUGAUACAUUGUCAGUAGAUGAUACAUGCGACAUCAUAAAGGUAGCAAUGAAAGGCAUUGAAAAGUUCCACAGAGAACAGAUAGAAAGUGAACAUGACAAGCAUGCUUCACAAAAUGAUGCAGGCUAUUUUGGCGAGGUGAGGCUAAUAAUUUUGUUAGUCAAAAUAUUGCAAUGUUCACCAUUUGAAGACAGUAUGUUGCAUACAUACAUUGUUGACGGCAAAUUUCAGCCUCCAGAGUUUGCCAGUAUAAACCAUGAAAGCCGAGAAGUUCUCAAACGUUUACAUGGCUAUACCGAAACAGCGAUGCGAAAGAUGGAAGAAAAAUCAGCCCAGCUGAGAGGUACCAGCUCAAUAAAUAUUGUCAGGGAUAAACAUGUCUACUUAGAGGAAUUGGCUAGUUUACAGGAAAGUGUCGAUAACAUUUUCGGCGAAAAAAGUGAUGAAGUACCAGCACAUCUUUCUCGAAUAGAAAGCGCUGAUUUCAGAAGAAGACGAGUCCGCAGGCUUGGAGGAAGAUCACUUACAACACUUUUGAGGAUAAGGAGAAAGAUCGGUGACAAUGUGCGAGUUUUGGAUAUCAUGUUUGAUCACUUAAUGAAGAAUGCCUCUUCAUGCCCUGAACCAUUCGACAUUAUAAUUUUGAUCAGCGUCUCUAUUGUUAGAAGGAUCAUCUACCAGAAAGAAAGUGUCACGUCCAAACUUCCUCAGAUAUUGGGACUUACAAAGCAACUGUAUGAUGUUGAAUGUAGCUCAAAGAGCGGCCAUGUCUACAUGGAGAUAUUCCUGUUCUUAAUGAUGUUUCAUUGGCCAACUGAAAACAGAAAAGAUAAAGAUCUUUGUCCUAUUGGAACUCUUCGUGAUGCCAUGGGACGAUGGAAAUUGGCCUUUCUGAAGAAGCAUCCCCGUCAAAGGGACGACAGAAAUCCACAUAGACAAAAGGAAGCAACCCUGUUUUUCCUUGGCAAAGAUAUAACCAGUGAUGAAAUUGUGUAUUAUGAAGAACUGCACAGUCGACAUAAUGCUGUUUAUUUCAACCGAGAUCAAAUCUGGGAGGGUCGUAAUGUCGUUAAUAAACUAAAGCGACUGGAAGGCACUCUGGUUGAUGAUGGAUUGGAAGUCCUGAUCAAUAUUGAAACGAGGUCAGGGAAUAUUGAAACAUUAUUGGUCCCAACGUCCAUGCCAAUCGGGCGGAGGUCUUUGUGGCAGAAGAGGGUAUAUUUCUACCUUGGAUUUACAUGGGCUGGACCAAAAGCAUUUGACGUAUCGUCAGAUGAUCGGCGCAAUCUCCUCGGGAAACUGGACACACAUGACGAGACCAUUCGACAUUCUCGACCUCGACAACCCCUUCUCGAUCCUACUACACGAAUAGAUGAAAUACGGCAUCAGUUGAAAAAGAUUGAGAAACUAAAGGCAAAGAAGAGGAGACAUCCAAAACAGGAUCAAGAGAUUAGCCAUGAAGAGGAAUUGAAAGCCGAAUUGAACGAUCUGUUUCAGCGUAUGCAGGACGUUUGGUAAACGAUGGGAGGACAAUGGUGGACUGGACAUUAUCUGUUACGUACUGUUCGACGUUGAAUUGUGGAAACCUGCACUCGCACUAAAUGUAAAUCCAAACAUUUAUGUCUCGUGUGACGAAAUGUCGUGAAUGCAGGACUGCUGUGUUGCUUUUCCGAUGACAGCUGCGUCACCAGUUCACUUUUAAGUUUUACGUUUAGAAACGUUGCUCAAACGUUAUAAGGUCAAUUUUAAUCGAACUUGUUAAAUAGUUUAGUCGCAUAAUGGGCAUAUCAAUGUGAGUGUGUAUUUUAGAGUUAGAAACUUUAGAUUUUAAGAAGUUAAUGUAAUAUCUUUAUUGCUGCUCCAAAGUUUAUAGUCAAACUGGAGCAAGUUCUGGAAUAUAUCAAAUACAUUUUCUUCUCAUUUUAAAGGAAAUGUUUUCGUGGGAGUAAAAAUAUUAUAUAGUAAUUAGCAUUGUUGAUGAUUUCUGAGAAUUAGUGAUUUUGGGAAAUUUCCUACUUCCUUUGAAAUUCAUCAAUUUUUACACAUGUCUAUGACGUAUACAGGAUGCUUCCUUGCCAUCACUUUUUGAACGUGGAUGUUGGUUCCUUUUGGAAAAAUACAGAAAUUAUACUGACUGUUUGAGUGCCUGUGUACAUAGUCGAGUGCACUAUUUCACUGUUUUUAUUUUGUGUUUUGUUACAAUAAUUGUUGCAGAUGAAUUAAUAUGAUGUACCCUUAUUUCUUUUGGUGUGAAACAUCAUUGGGGGAGACAGUUAUAUUCUAAUGAAUCUGGUCCGACCCCUGGGGACAGAGAGGCGGGGUUCAAAAAGGGGAACUUUGCUUAAGUUUGUUUUAAAACCAUACUCUUUCUUAAACCUUGAGUGGAUUAUAACCAAAUUCGGGAUGAAAUAUCCUUGACGGAGGGCAAUUACAUUUCUAAUAAAUGAGACUGGUGUGACCCAAACUCUAUUCCGUCUUUACUCUUCGGUGGAUUACAUCCAAAUUUGGUGUGAAACAUCAUUUGGUAAGGGCAAUACUAUUUUAUAUAAAUGAGGCUGGUGUGACCACUUGGCCAUUGGGGUGGGGCUCCAAAAGGUGAACUUUGCUUAAAUUUUGCUUUCUAUAUAUAAUGAAUCAAUUGUCGGAUGACGGUUAAGGGUCAUGACCCUCUGGUUGUUAAAUUAAACAACGUAAUUUUUAGAUAGUGUAAAUAGUGGUUAAUAAAACAUAUUAGAUAGAUCCAUUUGUAUUAGUAUGAAUAUCUAGUCUUAAAUACAAUGUAUUGAUAUACGUUAUGUUAUGUCCAUUAUUGAUUAUUAAUAUGUAAAUAUAUAUUAAAAUCUCAGAAAGAUAAUAUAGGAAACAAAUAUUUAAAAUGAUUAUUCACACUAUUGUGUAUAUUUGUACAUUAAUGUACUUGAAUAGUUAUUUAAGGCGUUGGCUAUCAUGUUUUUGAAAAUGUUCACAUGAUAUAAGACAAUUCAACAUGUUUGCUUUCAUAUCAAAGGAAAUCGAUCAUGUGAUCAUCGCGGAUGUCUACUUCAGGACAAAAUGGCCGCUUAAUACAGGACGAUACAACGACUCGGGCAGAUUUUUGUGGCCGUUAGCCGCGUUAGACAUGUGACCGCUUAUUUAACGUUCAUUAUAUAGUGUUUCCAUCGGGCGGCCACAGACUGGCCACUUAACGGAGGUGACCGCUUAUUCAAGGUGGCCGUUAGAGCAGUUUUGACUGUACUUGAUUGUACCAUCUCGGUAUCGCUGGUAUAGUAUAUUUACUCUGUUGUGAUGUGGAAUGCAUCUUAACAGCGAUUUUGUGAAUAGCACCGAUAUCAACUUUACUGAAUGAUUAAUAUAUAUACAAUGUAUUAGAUCUUUGACUAUGGAAACAGUAUCAGCGAAAAUUGUGGACUCAAAAUGUUUAUCAAUAUCACCAAAAUAAUUUCUUUUUAAAUCCAGUUCCCUCCUUUUGAGCGAAAAUAACUGGCCACAGAAUUAUGGUGUUGUAAAAUGGUAAUGAUACACUUGCGUCUUGAAUAUCGUUAAUUGUAAUUCUGUUGGUAGUUAUCAUAUACGGUGCUGCGAUUUUUGAUCAUUUGAACUUAACAUUUUCUGAGUGUACGUUUAUGUAAUUUUUGUCCGUAGUGUCUGUGCUUUAGAAGGGAAAGAAGUCGCACUUCGUUUUCCCAUCUCGCCGUUGUUGGUAGGCUUUUGAUUGUCUCAACUUAUGAAUAAUCAAUGCAUUAGUGUGGUUGUGCUUUUUAAAUUUAGUGCCAAUUUUCUUAAAAGAAAACUAGUGUUCAGUAACAGCAUUAAGUGAAUGUUGGAUCAUACUGCUGACUGCUAAUCUUUUUGCUUUAAUGAUUGUAUUCUAUUAACAUGUAAUUGAUGAAUAUAUAUUUGUUCAGGUUGUUCACAAAAAUGGCAAAAUGGUUUUCUGUGGUGAUAUCCUUUCGACGACCGGAAAAUUUCAAUUUCACUCAUUUUUUGUGAUGGAGUAGAAUUCAGGUCGCUUUUGAAAAUGAAAACCAACCUUUAACGUUAGAGUGUUAUCAAUUGUUUUCUUAAAACAAAUACAUAUCAUUAGGUGGUCCAAAAAUUGAUUUACCAGAAUUAUAUUAUUAUUUAUUUACAGAUUUGUACUAUUUAUCCCCUUUCCUUCCUCCUUUCUCUCUUUCUUCCCCUUUUCUAUCUCUCCUCUAGCAUUUGAUAUCGUCCGUGUGCCUGAAUCUUGAAAAUGGCCUUUAUAAUGACAAUUCUCCAGACAGAUACCUGAAAAAGAUACUCCUGGUAAUAACUUAUGUCCGCUUUCCAGCAAUAAGCGGAAACCCUCCAAUUAAUUUUCCUAUCAGACUGAUUUGUUUCCAUAUAUGUCUUUUUUUUUUUUUUUUUUUUUAUACAGCGGCAAAGUCUUGUUUUUUCGUUAUUUUAUAUAUAUGUAUAUUACAGAUAUGUACUAUUUAUCUUCUUUCCUUCCUCCUUUCUCUUUUUAUCCCCUAUAUAUAUAUAUAUAUAUAUAUAUACCGCUGAAACAAUCGUGUGACGUAAUAUAUUAUGACAUCAAGGUGAUAUUUUUACCCUUGUGUCGUUUGAUGUGAGCAUACAAAGCAUAAUAUGCUUACUAUAUGAUAAUAACUAUAUCUAUGUAAUUUGCGGCUAUAUUUUAUCAGGUAUAACUUGAUAUCUUUUGCAUGUGCUUUCUUUAUUGAGUGCAAGUGCCAGAUAUAUAUAUAAACAUUUAAUAAAAUUAAGUCGAAUUUAA